UUUCAUUCGGAUUAGAGAAACAGAUCAGAUUCUUUUAGAAGACUAAGCGCGUGGUAUACACUGCUAAAAUGCGAGAGUGAGUGUUAGGUUAGGUUUGUUCUGAGCCACAAGAUAUCUCUCUCUCUGUGUCAACCUUCUCGAAAUUUCCAUGAACAUUAUAUAAUGAUAAAAAUCUAAAUCUGACGUGGCAGAUAUCGGCUAUUUAAUUUAAAAAAUUGGUCACUUGCUAUUUCUAGCACCUUCUCUUCACACUCUCCUGUCUCCCUCUUCUAAUAACUAUUUUCUCCUACUAUUUUGUUAUUUUCUCGAGAAAUCGUCUCUCUUGUUUACGGUAAUUUGAUUUCUCGAGAAAAAAAAAAGCAGAAGAAGAUUCUAAUUUUAUCUAUACACUGUUCAGAAAUCAUCGGUAAAAUAGAUAACUUACAAAGUUCUGAUUGAGGCUGGAUUUGUGAGAAUUACCGUUGCAGCAAGAAAGCUUUUUAGAUAUUGUUUAAUAAUGGCCGCUGAGGAUCGAAGUGAGGAGCUUAGCAGCAAUGUAGAAAAUGGAAGUUGCAAUUCCAAUGAAGGAACAAAUCCUGAAACCAGCAGUCAUUGGAUUGAAAACAUUGUCAAGGUUAGGAAACCGUACACAGUAACUAAGCAGAGAGAGAAGUGGAGUGAGGAAGAGCAUGAUAGGUUUCUUGAAGCUAUUAAGCUUUAUGGUCGUGGUUGGCGUCAAAUCCAAGAACACAUAGGUACGAAAACCGCUGUACAGAUACGAAGCCAUGCUCAAAAGUUUUUCUCCAAGAUGGCUCAGGAACCUGACAAUAGAAGUGAAGGGUCGGUUAAAGCGGUUGUGAUCCCGCCCCCUCGUCCAAAGAGAAAACCGGCACAUCCUUAUCCCCGGAAAUCGCCUGUUCCAUAUUCUCAGUCUCCUUCAUCAAAUUUGUCAGCUAUGGAGAAAGGAACCAAGUCUCCAACUUCAGUCCUGUCAUCAUUUGCUUCAGAGGAUCAAAUCAAUAGAUGCUCUUCGCCUAAUUCGUGUACCAGUGACAUCCAAUCCAUUGGUGCAACUUCCAUUGAUAAAAAGAAUGACUACACAACAUCCAAGCAAUCCUUCAAAGAGGAUUCUGACAUUGGUUCAAUACCCAUGUCAAGCAUUACCCUUUUUGGGAAGAUUGUCCUUGUCGUGGCAGAAUCUCAUGACAAACCAUCCUCUUACAGAGAUGAUGAUGAUCCCAAAUCAAUGACAGAUCAGGAGAAUCACUACUCAGGGAUCAAGAAUUCUAGCUUGCAUAUUGAUACUAAUUUAUCUCUUGGGGUAUGGGAAACGUCUUGUACCAGUUCUAAUGCCUUUGGCUCAGUUACAGAAGUGUCAGAGAACUUGGAGAAGAGUGCAGAGCCGAUAAGUUGUUCAUGGAAACAGUUGAGCUCCUUAGAAAACCAAGGAUCAUGUAAUCCUGCAACUGCAAGUGGGUUCAGGCCAUACAAGAGAUGCCUAUCAGAAAGAGAAGUCACAUCAUCAUUGUCGCUGGUAGCUUCAGAAGAACAGAACAGCCAAAGAAGAGCACGUAUAUGCUAGUUUUAGCCAUUGUACAGUUUGGGGUCACUUUUGAUGAUUCGUCAACAUUGUUUUAGCCAUUGCUGGAUGACUUGGAUCAUAACAUUCCACGAACCAAAUCUUAAUCCGAAUUGGCAAGUGAUUUUUACUUGUCUGCCACAUGUAAUUCUUGUAAUGAAGUUUCUGUGGCUGUCUCACAUUAAAAAGACAGUUCUGUUUUUUCUCCAUAUACAAAUUAGUUUACAGUGUACUUGUUUGGCCACCUA